AUGAAGUCGCUGAUGUGUGCGAAGGCGGUACUCGACGGUAGUGAUGGGCGCUUGAAUGUGGCGACACUGAACCCUAAACCACUGACGAUGGUGCGUUUCGUUUUAAAAUGUUGGGUUAAUUUGAGGGUUUUAUAUUUGGUUUCAUUUAGGUUGAAGGUAGACAUUCCCGUAUAUCACGGUUGGAUUAUAGCUCCACAGGAUAUCGAAACUUCAAAUGCCAUUGGCUCAAAGUCGUAUGAUACGCUGAUGGAGGAUCUUACGGAUCUACAAAUUCGAAAUAUGAGAACUCUUUCUAUGAAUACUAGAGAUCCUGAGAAUCAUGAAAGUGAUGAAGUAGUGAAAGAAACAGAUACGUCGGGUGGUGAGUGUAGCGGAUCAAGGAUCAGGCGCGAUGGUGAUUGGGUAACUUUCGGUGAAUCAACGUCAAAUGAAGCAAGCUCAUCUGCAGUUAAUAUCGUUCGUGGAUCAGCGAUAGAGAUGACGGAAAUUAUAUCCGGUUCUUCAACUUCAACAUCUAACGAGAAUGAAGAUGAGGUUGGAAUUACUGCAAGACAAGGGGAACUGAUAAAAAACUUUCUCGACAACAAUGCGAGUCAGUUAACUGUGCAUGGCUUAUAUUGCUUGAUAGACGGUAUAAAAGAUCGCGAACUUUGUGUGUUAUUUCGCAAUGAUCACUUCAGUACAAUGUUCAAGGUUGGUUCUUUCAAUAAACUUUGUAUGUCAUUUCAAAGUCUAACUCUUUUGUAUGUUGUCUAA